AUGAGUGAUGAAGUAGUGAAAUUUUUGGAGAAAGAGCAACAAGAUGACGAAAUUUUCCACGACUCCAUAUCGACGGAACAAGAGGUAUGCCGCAAUAUUUCUUGUUUAAAUAAGUAUGGUGACCUAAGGGUAGCUAGAUGUGAAGUUAAAAUGCAGAACAGACUUAUUGGGGAACUGCAACAAUCAAACAAAAGUUUGAACCGUAUAAUAUCACUUCUACAAACCCAGCAUAAUAGUGAGGUUAUACAGAAUCAUAACAAUACGUCAUACACUCAGUCAUGCCAGAAUGGUUCUACCGACGGUUUGUCUCCUCCAGCAGAGACAAGGGGCGAAGUCUUGCAGUAG